CGUUCGCUUUCAUUGUGCUACUUAUACACGUGUCUUUGCAAAAGUUUUCAUUUCAUUUUUUUUCAUUUCUUCUUAGAUUUUUGUUAGGCUGAUACCAAGCUGAAAUAAUUGUUUAAUUUUUUUUAAAUUUAAUUAUUUAUUGAAUUUCAUUCGUAUUCAAGAAUAAACAAUAAUGCUCAACAUCGGUGGAGAUAUCAAUUCGGAUCAAGGCUUGAAAAAGCUUGAUGAAUAUUUGGUUGCACGUAGCUAUAUUGAAGGUUAUACACCAUCUCAAUCGGAUAUUGUUUUGUAUGGAGCUUUGAAAAACGUACCCACUAAAUAUUCACAUGCUCUUCGUUGGUAUAACCACAUUAAAAGCUACCAAUCGGAAAAGGAUAAACUUCCAGGUGUGAAAAAAUCAUUGCAAGAUUUUGGUGUCACUGGAAGUGGUGCUGGUGCUAAAACAGCAGCUAAAAAAGAUGACGAUGAUGAUGACAUUGAUCUUUUCGGUUCGGAUGAUGAAGUUGAUGAAGAAGCCGAUAAAGCACGUGAAGAACGACUUAAAGCUUAUGCUGAAAAGAAAUCUAAAAAACCUGGGCCGAUUGCUAAAUCAAACGUUGUUUUAGAUGUAAAACCUUGGGAUGAUGAGACCGACAUGAAAGCUAUGGAAGAUCGCGUACGUUCAAUUGAAAUGGAUGGCCUUAAGUGGGGCGCUUCCAAAUUGGUGCCAUUAGCAUAUGGAAUUAGAAAAUUACAGAUUGUCUGUGUUGUCGAAGAUGAUAAAGUGAGUAUCGAAGAAUUGUCCGAAAAAAUUGAAGCAUUCGAAGAUUUUGUACAAUCAGUCGAUGUGGCUGCAUUUCAAAAAAUCUAAUUAACAGCCCAAAUAUUUUCGUCCAUCUCGUUUGAAUUCUGU